CCUCUGUUCUGUCUUCCACCCUAUCUCUUCCCAUAUUUUUAGCUCUUGAUGCCCACAUGCCUUUGCUCUUGUUGUUGUUGUUGUUCUACUACUACUUAUACCCAUCCGUGUCUUAUUUCCUGGCAACUCCUGCUUCCAAAGGCUGUCCAUGCUCCAUGAUUUCAUCAGUGAGUUCCUCGCACGGAUUAUGUCACUUCUGUCUGUGCACUGCUGUGACCAGGUCACCAGAAAACAGGGGAUUUAUUAGGUCUUUGAUAUUGCGCCUUGUGUCGUGCUCCGUCGCGCUGGGUCUCAUGUGCCCUCUUUGCACCCUGGAUUUGGGUACCCGCAGUCUACACCAGCCUUGUCGAAUUAGGCUCCCUUUGCCCGCGAAAUGGUUUUCUGGUGUGCUCGAUUUUCCAAACCCUCUCUUUUACACAAAUAAAACAAAUAAAGAUAUUGGGCACUCCCCGCUCUGCUCUUGUGGAUUGCUUGCCCCUGUUUACCGUAGAGGGCCCUUCCCACCCAUCCCGUGUGCGAGGAGCGUUUUAGGUUUCAGAUUUGUCCAAGCUAAAUCAACUGUCGCGUUUGUUGAAUCCUCAUCCCAGUGUGGACUGGCACUAGGUAUGUUGGUGGAGAGCGGGGAAGGUGGUGCUGGAUGUUUGAAUAGCUCAGGAUGCAGCAUGAGUAACUGGAAAUACAGGAUCAGGGUUGUACCAAGCACCGGGCUAUGCUGGCAGCCGUAGUGGAAUUUGCAGGGAUACAAAAAAAAGUUAUCAUGUUCAGAGGUAGAGUAGGAAGCGGCGUAGGUAGAUGGAGUGGCGAACCACGUAGUACAUGACCAGGGUAUCCAAUCGGGAGUAGAUGCAAAGGGGACUGUUUGGGAACUACGAAGGGGGUUAGAAAUGCAGACACAAAUGCAGGUUCCAGGACAAGUUAUAAGUCAGGUAGCACUCGGACCUCAGCAGAAUGGAAAUGCUCCCAACAGCAUUGGACUGCCGAGCACAUGGCCGCGGUGGCAAUCGGAGCAAGACACUAGUCUCCGCCGCCAUAUUGUUGAGAACAUACUGCAGUUAUUCAAGAGUCGGAAGCCACAUGUAACUCCUGAGUGGCAACAAAAGCUUCCUGAUUUUGUGAAGCGGCUGGAGGAAGCUUUAUACAAGAAUGCACCCAGCAAGGAGGAAUAUGCAGAUCUUAAAACAUUGGAGCAACGGCUGCAGUCAGUUGCACGGCGCAUGGUGCCAAAGCAACAACCACAUUCGGUGGUCACUUCUGCUCCUAUGAGUGUCAUGAUGCCAACUCCUGGAACGGCAUCUAACAUGAUGCCGACUUCUGGCGGCGUCAGCCCAAUGAUGCCAACACCCGGGAGCACAGGAAGCUUAAUACAGCCAGGAGCUGGCGUUGGAGGAGGCUUAAAUAAUGUGAAGUCUACCUCAGGUAGUAACAACAGUGUAAUGAAUAUUGUGAGUCAUGGUGCCGGAAUUAUGAUGCCCACGCCGGGGACCUCGAGCAACAUGAUGCCCAUCCCUGGACAUUCGAACAUGUUCAGUAUGUCUGGCAGCAACACAUUGUCCACUUCUGGAGUUUCUGGUGCUAGUUAUCCUUUGGAUUCUCAGCAGGCCAUGGGUAACGCACGAAACCUGGCUCAAAAUGGACCUUUACAAUCCAGCUUGGGUAUAGCAGUUGGCAGCCAGAUGAUUCCAACGCCAGGACUCAACACAUCUCAGGGACUGGGAAUGGCUCCUGUAUCCUCAGCUGGCUUAGGGCUUCCACAUGUUAGUGGAGUUGGGACAGGUCAACUACAGCAUCAGCAGUUUGGGGUUGGUCCAGAUAACCACAUGUAUGAUGGCACGCAACUGAGUGGAGGUCUGGCAAAUGUUGUACAGCAGCAGCGGAAACCUGGUUCCUCAGUAGGAGUGGUGAAUGGAGGUACAAAUGACGGAAUGAUUAUCGGCAACGGGCAGCACUUAAUGAGUGGAACUGCUAACUUGCACACGCAGUCUGCUUAUUUAGGCACGCCUCAGUACUCUAGCUUGCAACUCCAGCAGCAUCAGCAACGUAUGUCCCAGCAGCAGCAACAUCAACGGUCUCAAAAUAUGCUAAUUCAAUCUCCUUUGCCAAAUCCAAUGGCACUAAUGGCAGGGGAUGGUUCUUAUGCAAUGAACGCAGCUGACCUAGCUGGCGGCAGUUUUCCAUCCGGAAAUCUUGCUUCCAACAACUUGGGUAUCCCGUCAAUUGCGAACUCACAAGCCCCAAAAAUGAUACCCGUCCCAGGCUUACCAUCACAGCAAGCUCAGCAGCAACAGCAGCAGCAGCAAUCCAAUCUUCAGCAGCAGAUUCAGCAGCGCAACAAUUUGCAGCAGCAGCAGCUAAACAAUGGCUUGGCAUCUAGGAAUCAGCCGCAGCAGCUUGGUCAGCCAUCGAACAAUCAGAGUUUAUACAAUUCCCAGGGUCUGCAGACAUCAGCGCUGGGCGGCCAUAAACAGCUCGAUCAGUCUCCACAACAACCGCUAUCAUCGCAGAUGCAGCAGACAUCAUCAGAGUCGCAACAAUUCACACGCAAGCAUCAGAACCUUCAGUCCCAGAAGAUGAAUACUAUUCAGUCGCAGCCGCAGUCACAGCCACAACCGCAACCACAUCAGCUGCCGCAGCAGCAGACCCAGCAGCAUCAGCAACAACAGGGUACACAAGCACAGAGGCAACAGGCAAUACAACAGCAUCUUAAUCGUCUUCCUAAAUCUGGUCCACAGCUUCUCACAAUGGUGCAGCAGCAGAAGCAAGGGCAUGGACAGCAACCCCAACAGGGUGCAAAACCACAACAUCAGCAUCCUCAGCAGCAAUCUCAGCAGCCACAACCGCAGCAACCUCGAGUUGCCGGUGCUACUCAAGUGUCUGCAGAGUCUCAAUUUGUGCAGCAACAAGAAGCACAACAGCGGCACCUGAAUCAAGCAAGUCAGCAAAGCAUUGUUGGUGAUGGAGCUCCGCAUCAUCGAUCACUUGUUCCUAGUCAACAACAACAAAGCCAGGGAUCUCAAGUUCGCCAGGUUGGAGGAACGGUUGGCUCUAGUAUUUCGACUUCCUCCAUGACCACCCCUGGCCAAGUUGGUGGUACAGCUAACGGAGCCGUGCCAGGUGGUUCAGUUGAACCAGGUGGCCCGAGCGUGGAUGCUCAGAGGCAGCAACAAUACUCAAAGCAGCAGAGAUGGUUGCUGUUUUUACGUCAUGCUAGUAAGUGUACAGCUUCGGAAGGGCAGUGUCAGAUCACACCUCACUGUCAUAUGGCAAAGCAGCUCUGGAUUCACAUAGCAUCAUGCCAAGAUCGUGAAUGCACAUUCAGCAGAUGUAAUGCAUCUCGCACCUUGCUUCACCAUCACCAGCAUUGUCGUGAUGCCCGGUGUCCAGUUUGUGGACCUGUACGCCAGCAAGUUAUGAAUCAACAACGAGUGCAAGCCAGUUCUCUAGCUGCACAUCAGGGAGGAGCAGCAGCACCUGUGUCCAACUCUGCCACUGCAGGCAUGUCAUCAACUGAUUUGUCUCCCAGUGGGAUAGAAUCAUGUCCUACUAGCGAGGCUCCAACUUUUGAGGAUAUAGAUGGGCAGCAGCCACCUCCGAAGCGUGCUAAAACCGAACCGUCCAGUGUUAACAAUGUACCUCUGCCAGUAUCUACUACUCUGCUCUCUGGACCCAGUAAGUCAGCAGCUGCCAAAGCAAGUUCUGUACUAUUAUCAGCACCCUCCCAAGCUGUGGGGGAAAAAUCUGAGCAAGUUACGGUGAAGACAGAGAUUGUGGCCAGCUCGGGACCUGUAUCAGCCAAGGCGGAGGAGCAGUUAAAUGGGCACCAGACUGGUGUACUCUUGCCUAGUGGCCUUACAAGUGCUAAACUAGAGGCUCCUAUUCAGGCAAAGACAGAACCUCGUCAGCCAGUGUCGAAUGCGGCAGUCAAGUCUGAGCCUCACAAUGGCAGUGCUUCCACUCCUGCGAAGGGUGAACCUGGUGUAGGUGCCGCGCUAAUGAAUAAUGCAACAGUUAUUUCAACGAAGACCGGAAAACCCAAGAAUUUGGGGACAUCGCUGACAGAACUCUUCACACCUGAGCAGAUACGUGAGCACAUUACAGGCUUGCGCCAAUGGGUUGGCCAGAGCAAGGCCAAGGCUGAGAAGAAUCAGGCCCUCAGUGAGAAUCAAAUAAGUGAGAAUGCAUGCCAACUAUGUGCUGUGGAGAAGCUAACAUUCGAACCUCCUCCAAUCUACUGCACUGCGUGUGGGGUCCGUAUAAAAAGGAAUGCUUUGUAUUACACCUUUGGCUCAGGCGACGCGAGACACUACUUUUGUGUGCCCUGCUACAAUGAAGUGCGAUCUGAAAAUGUGGAAAUGGAAGGCAUGACUUAUCCAAAAUCAAAAUUGGAGAAGCGGAAGAAUGACGAAGAAACCGAGGAGGCGUGGGUACAAUGCGAUAAGUGCAACUUGUGGCAGCAUCAAGUUUGUGCCCUAUUCAACGGUCGCCGAAAUGAAGGAGAUAGUGAAUAUAUUUGUCCAGAGUGUUGCUGCGUAGAAAUGGAAAGGGGUGAACGUAAACCGCUGCCUCCUUCUGCAGUCUUGGGCGCCAAAGAUUUGCCCAAAACCUUCCUAAGUGAUCAUUUGGAGCAACGUUUAGCGCGCAAACUUAAACAGGAGCGUGCUGAACGGGCAAAAGCUCAAGGGAAAAAUAUCGAUGAGGUUGCCAGUGCAGAGGCUUUGGUGGUUAGAGUUGUAUCCUCCGUGGACAAGAAGCUGGAAGUGAAGCAACGGUUCUUGGAAGUUUUUCAAGGAGAUUAUCCAACUGAGUAUCCGUAUAAGUCAAAGGUUGUUUUGCUGUUUCAAAAGAUAGAGGGGGUAGAAGUUUGUCUCUUCGGCAUGUACGUUCAAGAGUUUGGGGUUGAAUGCUCUCUUCCAAAUCAGCGAAGGGUGUACCUGUCAUAUCUGGACUCUGUGAAAUAUUUUCGCCCAGAUGUCAGGACUGUUAAUGGAGAGGCUUUGCGGACUUUUGUUUACCAUGAAAUUUUGAUCGGCUAUCUAGAUUACUGUCGGAGGAGAGGUUUUAGUAGCUGUUACAUUUGGGCUUGCCCACCUCUAAAGGGAGAGGAUUAUAUUUUAUAUUGUCAUCCGGAAAUUCAAAAAACGCCCAAGUCUGACAAGCUUCGAGAUUGGUACUUGGCGAUGCUGCGGAAAGCAAGCACCGAUGGGAUUGUUGUUGAAAUCACAAAUCUAUAUGACUACUUUUUUACCUCAACUGGCGAGUGCAAAGCGAAGGUGACAGCAGCUCGUUUGCCAUACUUUGAUGGUGACUACUGGCCAGGCGCAGCUGAGGACAUGAUAGUACAAUUGCAGCAGGAAGAGGAGGAUGUUCGCAACAACGUCUUGAAGAAAGGCAAGACUAAAAAACAGCCCACCAAACGUUCUUCUAAAGUAAUAGUCCAAACUGAGCUGCCUGGCAAUGCCAGCAAAGACACCCAGCUCAUGCAAAAGUUGGGAGAAUCUAUCUUUCCGAUGAAGGAGGACUUCAUAAUGGUGCAUAUGCAUCAUGCAUGCUCCCACUGCCGUCUCUUUAUUGUUUGUGGUCGCCGCUGGGUUUGUAAACAAUGUAAAAGCUUUCAGCUUUGUGACAAAUGCUAUGAUGCAGAACAAAAGCUUGAUGAGAGGGACAGACAUCCUAUCAACAUGAAAGAAUUACAUUCUUUCCAGUCGGUUGAAAUACACGACGUUCCAAGUGACACGAAGGAUAAAGAUGAAUUUAUGGAAAGCGAGUUCUUUGACACUCGACAAGCGUUCCUGAGUUUGUGCCAAGGGAACCACUAUCAAUAUGACACAUUGCGACGUGCAAAACAUUCGUCCAUGAUGGUGCUUUACCAUUUGCACAACCCAACAGCUCCUGCAUUUGUGGUAAGCUGUAAUAUAUGUCAUCAAGAUAUUGAGGCGGGCAAUGGUUGGCGGUGUGAAACUUGUGCGGACUUUGACCUUUGUAAUAAGUGCAAAGACUCAGCGAAGCACCCACACAAACUUACUCCGUUUCACGAUCGAAAUGCCCAAAACAAGGAAGCUCGUCAACAGCGGGUUCUUCAGUUGCGGAAAAUGCUCGAGUUACUCGUACACGCAUCACAGUGCGGAUUAGGAUCCUGCCAAUACCCCAAAUGUCGGAGUGUGAAAGGCCUUUUUCGGCAUGGCAUGAACUGCAGGAUCAGAGCCUCUGGAGGCUGUAACAUGUGCAAAAGAAUGUGGUACCUUCUACAGCUUCAUGCAAGAGCUUGCAAGGAAUCCGAGUGCAGGGUCCCUCGUUGCAAGGAUUUAAAGGAGCAUUUGCGGCGUCUACAGCAACAGAUGGAGUCACGGCGAAGAGUUGCGGUUAUGGAAAUGAUGCGCCAAAGGGCAGCUGAAGCUGCAGGCACCAACAGCUAGAACCCCGCACUUACUAUCAAACUCGUGUUUAUACUUUAGGAGAUUGAAUUUUUGCGAAAGUUCUAACGGACUGUUGCUCUUCGCUUCAAGGACAGCUAAGAUCGCCAUGACCCAUCCCAGAUUGUCGUAGGGGUGUGUUUGCGUUGGUCACCCAGGGUCAUGUUUGGAUGGAUAAAACGUUGAGUGAAAACUGGGGAGCAUAUUUCCUUAUGCCUGCAGGAAGGAUAACCUUCUGAAUGGCCAUUCUUGUGUACGGCCUCGAAGCGCGUGCCAAGGAAUUCUAGGGUGCUCAAGCCUCAACACAUAGACACAUCAAACAGCACUAUUUGCUGUGCAGUUUGAUGUGCUCAUGGUUUAUCUGCCAACUUUGGUUGUAGAAGAGUUAAAAUCUAAAUUCAAAUCAAUUUGAAACCUUGAGUGAUAGUGGGCAGCAGUCAAGGACCAACAAGGGUUGCGGUACUUAGACGGGUGUGGCCCCAUUGAAUGGUGAGAUGCCAACAGUUGCGAGUAUGCAGUGUCGUGUUUGAGCUCCAACUGACAGAUGUUCCCAUUGACAGGGGAAUUAGUCCAGAAGCUCCUAGUGACUUGAUACUUCGAAUUUGUACAGUAGCUCUCAACAUAGUUAUGAUUUGUCUUUUACGCAUUGUUGUGAUGUCCAAUUUUGCAAAUUGCAUUUAGUUCAAUUUUGUGGUCUUCCACCGCUUGUGAAGAGACCUGUCGAUAGGAGAGUUUAAAAUAGGGAAGAGGGAGUUAAAACAAUGCAUUGUGCCAAGUUUAGAAAAGGCAAUUUUUGAUUUGGAAGAGAUGAGUUUAAAGUUCUGCUCCAUUUUUUCAA